CUUAUAUAAUUUUAUUAUGCUAAAUAGAUCAUUCAACUCAAUAAAGUCACAGAAGAAGUCUCUUUUACCUUUCUUAGCUCAGAGAGGAAUCAGAAACCCUCUUGUGAAGAGGCAAAUUUUUAAGAUCCCCUCUGCUAUUAGAAAGGGAUCUAUUCCCACCCUUGGUUUUCGUACAACAGAGGAUACCCUUACUAAAGCUGCAGAGAAGAAGCAAGGGCCUAGCGAGAGGUUGUUUAUAGUCGACAGGUUAAGAAUGUCUGAGUCCCAACAACGGAAUUGGCUUCUGCUCCUCAUGACUUUCAGUUUGGUUCCCAUUUUCUACGGAUUUCUCAACUCUCACAAAUUACUUAAGAAACUGGAGGUUAAGAGCAUCUCUCGUAAGCGGAGAGAAAGGCUUGACGAGGAGCAUGGAAUUGACAGAGAGAAAUACUUCGAUAGUUUCAAGAAACUAGACGAAGCUUACAGAGUCUCUGAGAAGGAAGAAAUAGCGAAGAUGAAGCAACUAGGAAAAGAUCCAAAUGAACUCUUCGGCAAGCAGAAGGAAGUCGAACAGACUGAAGAUGUUGACAAGAUUAUUAGAGAAGAAUUACUCAAGGAUGAUGAGAACACCAUUUCCUUCCAGAAGGGAACUAAUUUUGACAGGGUUGAGGUCACCCAGAAUUUGGAAGAAACUCCAGACCCCAGGAUUCAUGGAGCUAAGAUCAUUUUUGAUUCCAGACUUGAUGAGUUUGUCAACAAGGGUGAUAAUGAAACUCUCGUUCGUGAGCUAAAUCAAGCUAAUUAUCCAAAAAUAACAUUGAAAGAUAAGAAAGAGGCCUUAUUCGGGAAAACUACUGAUGAAAAAGAUGAAUUUGAGGAAGAAACCAGCAAAGUUUCCUUUAAAAAGAAAGAUGCAGAGGCCGAUACUGGUGAAAAGGAGACCCAUGAAGAGCAUCUUAGACGAAUUCAGCAAAAACUUAUCAACUUUAAAAGAGAAUUAGCUGAGAAGAACAUCCCCAUCGCUUUUUGUGAUUUUAUUCUUGAGAAGUUUAGAGGACAUUUUGAUAGGAAGUCAAAGGAUGAGCAAGAGAUGGAUGAUUUCUUAAACUUUUUGAAGGGAUAUAUUGUCAAGACUUACUCCUCCAAGGUUGAAGAAGCACAAAGACAGAAGAUUCUUCCAAAAGCUGAACAGGAAUAUACUCUCGAAUAUUUACUUGAAGCCAGCAAGUCUGAGGAGGCAUACCAGAAAGCUAGAGCAGAGCUAAAUCCUCACUACUCCUCUUUGGCUGAUCCAGCUUCAAGGGUGAUUAGUGAGAAAAUAGAUGAAUUCUCCGAGAAAAUUCAGGAAAAUGUCAAGAAUACUAAAUAUCAGAUUUAUUCAAUGCAUAAUGGGCUAAAGAGGAUGCAAGAACAAUAUCAGGAAUACAAGCAUUCCGAUGCGACCGGUAUCAGAAAGGGAUUUAACCCUGAUGAGCAGGACGAAUUGAUGGAUAACUUGAAAGUCCUACAGAAGUUCAUCCAGAACAAUCCUUUGAACAGGGAGAAUACUAUGUAUAGAUUCAAAGCUCUCGAGCUUAAAAAUAAGCUGAAAAAGAACUAUAACACAAAGAUUUAUGAAGAUAAUUAUAAGAAAUUACAUGAAGCUGAUAUCCUGCACCAUGAGAUCCUUAAGAAGGAAGGAGAGUACAUCAGAACUCUGGAAGAUGAAAUACAAAAGCACUGGAUUUUGAGUGAGCUUAAUAACAGAUUCGAGAUUUACCAAAAUAAAGCUCCUCUAAGUUAUGAUGAUGCGAAGAAAGCUAUUCAAGAACUUCCUCACCACUCAAAUAUCAUGAAGCUGCCUCACUCACUUGUAAAGAAUGCUGAGACUUCCUUUGGCAAUAUCUUAGAGAAGGGGAUUCCUAAUAAAUCUGAGGUUGAGCAUAGCUCUCAAAAGCUGACCUUAUCUCUGAAGAUAUUAACUGAGGUGAUCAAGUAUGACAGAUUUGAGGAUCUCACCCUCGAUGACCUUAAUUCUAGAAUAAGCCUUCAGAACUACAAAAAUUACUAUUAUCAUUUCAAAAAGUUAUUCUGUAAGUCAGUUAAUGUGCCUGCAGACAUAACUGCUCCAACCAAGAAGAACUUUGAAGAAUUCUCGAAACUUAUAGAGCAGUAUAAGAAGAUUGAAUCUGCCGAGAAAGAGGAGUUUCAUGACAUCGACAUGCUUGAGUCACUAGUUAAAGACAAGGAUUACCUCCAAGCUUACACUAUUUUGAAGAAUAAUUCCAAGUUCUUACAAUACUUAGAAGGAGCGAAUGAAGACCUGCAGACAAUUGAGGACUAUUUAGUGUAUCGAACAUUGAAGGAGAUCAAUUACUUACAAAAUUUGAGAAAGCUAGAGUAGAUUGAAGGCACGGUUCGAAAGGCGCAUUAGAGCAUAACCUGUAGUUCUUAAGAGAU